AAACAUCAUCGUUAGUAUUUGUAACCCACUCCUCAUCUAAACAUGAUAAAGAAGAAAGGUUCAGAGCAAAUGUGGUGUGAGGAGUUCAUAAAUCAUAGCAUGAGCUACUCACAAACACUUUUGCAUGGUUGCAUGGAGCAUACAAGAGCAUAGCGGCGGCAGUAAACGGCAGCAGCAACAACCACGAGCGCACGAGCGGAAAAAUCUCAAAGAGGAAAGGUGAAAGAUUAAUCGGCCAUUUUCCAUCAACAUCACAGCAUCAGAAGGAAUUGAUUUUUUUUCCACUCCUGUGGCGAGGAAUUGUAAAGAUAAUAAAAGUUUGCGUGAAAAUAACAUGCGAACGAAGGUGAACGCUUGUACGUAUAGUUAAAAUAAGUGUAGGAAAUAAGUAGACUCGCUGGAGGGAUAAUUUGCGACAGGUGAUAUUGGUGAGAAUAGUUCAAAUCUGACAAAAUGACGGCAGUGGAUGAGAGAACAAUCUACGCGAAGCUGGAAGCAAUGAAGGAUAUUCGCUCUAAGACACUUCAGUUGGAGAAGGUGAAGCUGAAGAUAAUCCGAGAGGUGGAGAAUGGUGAUGCAGAGGAAAAGUGUCUUGGGGAGUACCGCCGCGAGCUGGAACUUUUAAUGCAGGAAAAGAUGAGUCACGUUGAAGAAUUGCGGCAGAUUCAUGCAGAUAUUAAUGCGAUGGAAACGGUUAUCAAACAAGCGGAGGAGAACCGGAUUCGAUCGAUCAAUAUGGCAAAUCGCUUUCAUGAAGAAUACGUUCCGUUGAAAACGGAGGUUGACACGAUGCGCAGAGAAUAUCUCGGGCUGGAACGCCUUCCGGAAUUGCACGAGGAAGAAGGGUCGAUAAUUUCCCCCGACCGCUUUCAAAACUAUUACACGAACAAUAAAGCCCUGACAAGUCAGGCUGCUAGUUUUGCCAGACCGCCUUUGUCCGCACACCAUCCGUUGCCACCGGACGGUCCGGUCACACAGUUACCGCCCACGGCUCCACCGGGCUUCCUUCAGCCGCCCCCAGUUGCCAUGCGUAUCAACAAACCACCAGAGCUUCCCACCAAUCGACUGCAGCAGUCUCCUUCGUCCAUCGGAAUAGGCCAUCCCACGUUCAGGUCUGAUUUCAAUGUCAAUCUGAGACAACAACCGCCGCCUAUGAAGUCGUGUCUCUCGUGCCAUCAGCAAAUUCAUCGGAAUGCACCAAUUUGUCCGCUGUGCAAAGCUAAGAGUCGCUCACGGAAUCCCAAGAAGCCGAAAAAGAAGGAACAUUAGGAGAUUUGAACUGGAAACGCCAUACUCCAGCCAGUGAAUUAAACUUCUUUGCAUUUUGUUGCAGUAUAUGCUAACUCUGUAUGACUGAUUAUUUCUCUUAUCGAAGCGUAACGAGAACUUAUUCUUCUGUUGAUGAUUAAUAAGGAAAGUGGAUAAAAAGGACUUGUGAGCGAAUCACAAUAUGUCAAAUUUGUAAGUUAAUUCGAUUAGCGAAUAGGUUCAUAUAUAACAUACUAAUGUAAUCUUCAAUUUUAGCCGUAUAUAUGUUUUGUAUUGUUUUCUAAAUACUUUCGAACAAAUAAAAUUUAUUUAGGUAUCCGGAAAAAAUAAAC